GCAUCAUUGUUUAUAUAUAAAUCUACUAUAUUAAUCAUAUUACCAAGGGGGAUUGAUGGCUGUUACGGGUUCGGUCACACAACAUGCUUAGCCCUCCGGAUUUCUUCCUUUCUUCGUUUCUGCAAAGGAUAAAACUAUAUUGGGGCGGUUGGGUAUCGAUUGCACUCGCUUCAUAAAUGAUGAAUGGUAGGGUGGUAAUGGCAUUGUAGUAUUGUAAACAUCGGAAGAGCUUGACUGCUGUCGCACACAUGUCAUGUCUAUACUCUUCUAUUUUCCGAGUACACCAACACCCCUCAUCUACCAAUCACAGACAUCCUCUGUUUUGAUACGUAACAAGCUAGACUUGAUUCAGCCAGUCCCGACAUUUGGGCACAAGUAUUUUAAUGCCACGCUUUUGUUCCUCCGCGCCUAUCCCGAAUGUUUUUUUUUCAUGCUUGUCAUCAACGGUGAGCCAUUUCUUGUUUGCUCCCUCGGGUGCGACUGAGAACUUUCUCACAGGAACACACAUCUUCUUUUUUUGUAGUCGGUUAUUGCAGCAGUGAGAUCUUCGGUUUUGAUUUUUAGAGAGAGAGAGUAUAUAUACU